AUGACUACGUGUCUGACUAGCGAGAAUAACUCCUGUCCUUGCAAGUCAAAUCAAGCAACUGCUGUACACACACCAUCUCAUGAAGAAGAAGAAGAAGAGACCGAUGAUAUUUGGGCUACCAGUGAUGCCGAUGAUAAUGAUGAUAAUGAUAACGAUAACGACGACGCAGAGGGUGAUAAUAGACGCAAAGAGCUAGCGUACAACGACGUGGUACGACAGCAUCGUAAACAGGGUUACGUUGAUGGAAUAACUGCUCAUAGAGAAGAUCAAUUACAACAAGGUUUCGAUGAUGCGUUCCCCAAAGGUGCGAGAUUGGGAGUUGAAGUAGGGGGAAUACUAGCCAAGUUGAGAUCAAGACUUGGAAAAGAAGAAGGCAAGGAAGGGAAAGAAGAAGAAACUAUUGAAUUUAAAAGUGCUAUAAAUGACCUACUAAUAUCCAAAGUUUUGGAUCGACAAUAUUUUGACGAGAAUUUGGAGCCAUUGGAGACUCAUGAAUUGAUUGAAAAAUGGAAAAAAAAGUAA